GUAGGUCCUUCGUCGUAGUAGAAUAGCGGAAUCCGCUUCCCGUUCGGGAUGUUUUGGCUGGAAUCGCGUCCGCUCCAGUUAUUUCUGUUUCUGCCAUUUUGAGAAAAUAUCGUCUGCUCUGGAUCAUUCAUCUAAAAUCAUGAGCACAUCAGAGAAAGAUCAACACAAGUGAAGUUCGUUAAGUUCAUAAAACUGCAUCAUCUAGUCAAAUCAUCAGGGAACUUGAUGAUGGCAGGAUUCCUGAACUGAGGCAACUUUCAGGAAGACUGUACACACAAGAAGAGUAAAGCAAUGUGCUCCACCAAUCACCCAGCCAACUGGGUUACAUUUGAUGAUGAAGGGACGACCUUCUCCUCACCCCAGAAAUCACUGCGCUCUUCUACAUCAAACUCGGGUUCAGUACCUCGGCCCAACGGUUUGAAACUUGUGCUCCCAUCUUUGGGGAGUGAAUCAUGGAGCUUCAGCUCUGCCAUCGAAUCCCCUUCAUUUGAUUUUAGCCUUAACGGGAGUUCACUUGUGCCUAGCAACACUCCUAUGCACACUCCGGUGGGGGCGACUCCAACAGGACUGUCUCCCUUGUAUUAUGGACCUCAGGAGCAGCCGGACUUCUCCAGCUGUCUGAUCAACUUCUCUCAAAGAGACUCCAUAAAAACGACUGAAGACUCUAGUUCCCACAAAGCACCCCAAGAUGAGCCAGGCAAUUUCAACCCCUUCUGGGGGGAAGCCGAGCAUAAACGAGUGUCCUGGACCUCGUCAUCCGACUCAGACUCUGGACCCAGUUUGCCUCGUUUCUUCAUCCGGACCAAGGAUGGUAACGAGCCACCCCAAGACCACCUUCAAUACUCCUACUCCUACAUAUGCCAUAAACUAGAACAGCUGAGAACAGAGGAGAACCAGCUGGAUGGUGGUGAUGUGAAAGUGGAAAGAGAGAAUCGACCCUCAGGCUCAGGCGCUGUGAAAGAUAAAGUGAUGAAGCGAACUCCAUCCUCCUUCGUUCCACAGGGAUUGUUCCUCAGUCAGAGGAGGCACGGUUGGUCGUUGAUGCUUCGAAUCCCAGAGAAGAAGCACCGCAUGUCGUCCCGCCGGUGGGGACCCAUAUACCUGCGGCUGCUGCCCGGAGCCCUGCUGCAGCUGUUUUAUGAGAAGGGCUUGGAGAAACCCUUCAAAGAGUUUCAGCUGCACGCAAACUGUGGCCUCUCAGGCCCUAAACUAGAGAGUUACGGUGAACCACGCAAGAUUGCCACAUUGAAGGUGGAGAAUGUGUCGUAUGUUGAGAGGAAGCGCUAUCACCCCAAGCAUGAGGUGACGCAUGAGCCGGAAGUGGAGCAGCUGUUGAAGUUCGGCACCACAGAAUAUGGAGACUUGGAGGACCUGCUAGUGUCCAUAGAAGAAGAGCUAAUGCGCCUACCAGUGCCGCUCCAACAACACAAACACUAUGAAGAACAGGAGCUGUCCUUGCAGAUAUCCGACCGCAUCUGGAUGCGGCAAGAUAAGGACGGAGCUGUUCUUGAGUGCACGGCAAUCACACGGAUUCAUUGUUUAGCAUUCUUGAAUGGGGCAGUGGAGUGCUUCCUGGCACUGAAUGACCUCGGACUUCUCAGACAGGAUCCUGCGUACGGAUCUGAUGAGGACGAUGAGGUCUGGAUGGAAAUUGCAGACUACAGUUUCCAUCGGUGUGUCAAAGAGGCAGAGUUUUUGGACAAACGUCUGAUUAAGUUCUGCCCUCCAGAUGCCUGUCGAGUGGAGCUCAUGCGCUACAGGACGGUGUCGCUGUGCUGCGGGGAGCUGCCGCUCUCUGUUAAAGCUCUGCUGACAGUGCAAGGCGCCUGUGUCGAGCUCCAGGUCUUCCUCAAUGUCCUGUUGGAGUUCCCCACACCUAGAGGAGGUUCAGAGACGUUUUGUGAAAACGUUGUCGUUCGAGUGCCAUUCCCAGGCGAUUGGGUCAAAGUGCCUAGCAGCACAUCGCUGCUGCGACAGAGGUCUCUCAAGGCUCGCAUGAACAGAAACGCGUGCCUGGGCUCAGCACAUGUGGCGGAGUCUGAGUCUGUGAUGCACAUGUCUGUUGGUACAGUCAAAUAUGAGAAUGUGCAUCGAGCCAUUGUGUGGAGAAUUGACCGGCUCCCACCGAAGAAUGUGGCUGUGGACCAGCCUCAAUCGUUUGCGUGUAAGCUGGAGCUGGCCUCAGAUCAGGAGAUUCCCGCCAGCUGGCUGCCGUCCGUCAGCGUGGAGUGUGAGGUGGCAGAUGUGGUCGCGUCCCACACCCGAGUGAAGUCGCUGGGCACCGAAUGUGACGUUCAGCCUCAGAAACACCUGAGCAGCAGGGCAUACUAUCAUUGCCAGGUGGAAAUAGAAAAGAAGCUGAUUGAGGCGGAGCCGCAGAAGCAGUCGGGCUGUGCGACACAGUGAUGUGAGGAACCGGACUGAUUCAGCACAGCACAGAGUCAAGCCUGCAGAAGAGCUCCGCUGGGUUCAGCUCGAGUCUUUACUGCCCUUUUUCACACUCCAGUAUGCCAUCUGUGACAUCUGGUAGAAUUAGGUAAACAAAUGUUUAUUAACCAUGAGAAUAUAUAUAUACGUAUAUGUUCAGAAUAUUUUAAUAUCUAUAAUGGUCUUAUCCAACAAGUUAUAGUAUUACUGCACUUUACAAUUCUGAACCCAUUUUCUAUAUAAAUACAUAUGUGACUGUUAAAACAAUACAGGAACACACAGAUACACACAGAUAAUAUGCACUUGUCUGACAAAUGUUUGCAAAAACAUACAUUUACUCCUGAAUAAGAACGCUGAGACCUUCACAUUUGUGUGCCCGCAAGAAACUUUGGCAAAAGUAAAAACUUCAGCAAAAUGUGCACAUGAAAGUCUAAGGGAUUUUUUACUGCAAAAGUCACUUUAGGCCUCUGUAGUUUAUUUCCUAACUGGUUAUUUCAUACGCCUAUGCAUUCACCGUUAUUUAUGUGGUUUUAUAAAAUUAUAUUGUCUUAAGAAAAGUGUGCGUAAUAAAGAAGAAACCGUUUCUGUAAACUAA